AUGGACUAGUAACCAAAAGAUUAGCUGAAUCUGGAUUUGAGUUAGGUAGUAACUAACUCUCAAUAACGAUUGAAGAGAGUCAUUGCAGAUUAGUCUCUGGUCUCAAAUAUUAGCAAACCCUUCAAUUCUGCCAGAGAUUAUAAGAAAUCUUUCGACAAAGAAUUUUAAUUGGAUUUCUUUAAAUUAACUGAUAAAGAACUGCAUAAUGUCACUAAGAUCUUAGUUAAAAACAUCUCUUCACAUAUGGUAACAAAUAAUAAAAAGAGACUUAAAAGUUUACAAUAAAAAGCUUAAGCUGAAUAGUAAAAGAGCAGAGAUCCACAUUAAAUUAAAACCCCUGAGAUUGAAACAGAAUCAUCAGCAAGGAGGACAUUUAUUGAGAAGGUAGAUUUCAAUUAAAUCCCCAUAACUUAGAGAUGGAAAAAUCAAAGUUAUUAAACGUUUAAACUGCCAAUAAAUCAAUUUAUUGAGAGGGAAAAGACUAAAAAGGAGAAGAGCAAGCAAAAUACUCCAUAAGAAGUCAUGAAUUAUAUUGAAACUUGCAUGAAAGAGAAGGAGAAAACUCAGUCAUUAAUUUCAAAGUAUAAGCAAUCUUAUCCAAUGUCACUCCUUUACGAUCAACCUCCACCAAUGCAUUAAAUAUUCCCAGAUUAAGUUGCGAAGAGAUUCCAGUAAACUUUAAAUGGCGGUAUUGUUGCGAGUAAGAAAGCAUUCUUUUAGAAGCAGCUAGAGUAGUAGAGCCUAGAUGACAGUCUGAUCUCAGUUGAACCAGACUUGAACUCAAAAAUAGAUAAGUCAAUUGAUCGAAUGUACAAAUAAAGCAAGGAUAUCUCUCGUAGCUACCAAACUCUACCCAAUCUAUCUAGAUCAAGAGCUGAUAUCACUCAGUCAUAGAAAAUACAGUAAAAGUACAAGGAUUAUUUUGACAAUCAUAAAGCUGAUCAUGGUAUGCCAAAUACUGGCGAGACUGAGCUCAAGAAGAAACUAGGAGAAAAAACUGAUAAGUUAAUUGAUAUAAUUAGAAAUUGUGACGAUUUUAAAGAAGCAUUUAUUGAUGAGCAAAAGUAACUUAAGAGAUCGAUUGAGAGAGAGCAGGGCAGUUUACAUGAUAGACAUGAGGAUUUACUAAAGCAGGCUAAAGGUAAAAGGCUUUUGUUAAUGUAGCCCUAGAACAAAGUCAUAACCUAGAUGAAUUUACCGUAAAUAGUUUGA